GAAAGAAAAAUGUGGAGGUGUGGAGCCCAUGAAGACGAAGGAACGACAAUCUCCAUUGAAACUCAGGAGUAAAAAACAACUCCUCACCUGUGCACUAUCAUCUCAUACAUUGAUACAUGAUACAUCGAAUAUAAGCUUCAUCUUUCACCAUUUUUCUCUCUCUAUCUCAUUUGUCCACGUUUUUCUAAGGUCACUUACACUACUUCUGUCUCCAAUUCCAAUCUCUUUUUUUCUCAUCAAAGCUUUUAAUAUCACAUCAAUUCAUCAACUCUUCUCUUCACUUCACUCUCUUUUUGUCUGAUUUCAUUGCAGCAUUUCUCAAUUGUUUCUUCAUAAGCAUACUGCAAGUUUUGCACUGCUGCAGCUGAGUUAGGCCUUUCAAGUCUAACCCUUCUCGCUUCACUGUCCUCAAUCUGUCCUCAGUUAGUCUCGCCACCGCUCACAGGACGUUUUCUAUAGCACCUGAUCGUCUGGGAUAUCACAAUGUACAAACGAUCCCCUAGUACAAACUAUAGAUCCAAAGGAAUUAAAGUAAAACACAUUCUGCAAAUCUGUGUCUUGUUGGCUGUUUGCUUAUGGUUAAUUUACCAAGUUAAGCAUUCUCAUGAGAAAAGGAGGCAAUUUGAGGCAAAGGAUGAAAAGGUUGUGGGAAAGAUCCUAAGUGAUGGUGAAAUUCAACGCUUGGGAAGAAAAGAUCUUCCUAGAAUCUCAGAGUCAGCUAAAGAUGGUGAAAAGCAUGAAGAAGAUGAGGAAGAAAAAGAAGGUGACGAGGAAGAAAAUAAACAUGAAGAAGAUGAAUCAGAAAGAGAGGAUGUCCAAGUUGUUGAGAAAGAAGAUGAAAGAGGAGGUGGAGACGAUGAGAUAGAUGAACCAGAAAAGGUUGAAAUUGAAUCUGAACAUGAAGAGGAAGGAGAAGAUGAAGACAAAGAGAGGGAAGAUAAGGAGGGUGUCACUGAAGAAAGACAUAUAGAAAAUGAAGAUUCUGAAGAUGUUCAUGAAGAAGGGCAUCCUGAAGAUGAAGAGAAUGAGGAUGCUGGAAAGGACAGUCAUACUAGACAUGACGAAAAUGAUGAUGUAGAUAAUGAAAACCGUAUUGAACAAGAGGUCAUAUUAGAUGAUAAAGAUCAUGUUGGGUCCAGAACCAAUACUCGUCAGGCCCAAGAAGAGCUUUAUAGGGCAGAUGAUGCUUCCAGUGAAGUUGCUCAAAAUGUCCAAUCUAUUAUUCAGGAAACAGAGAAUGUCACUGCGGAUCAUGGAAAUGGAAUGUGGGGAAAGGUCAACUUUGGACAGGAGAAUGAAACCAAAACCUCUGGUAAUGCUGAUGAGUUGAUCAAACCCGAGGUACAACCAAGAGAAGAUGUUGACAGAGCAACUUCUAAUAUCAUAAUUAGUGAACAAAAGCAAAAGGAGGUCAACUUGACAAAGCCUGAUGAGAACUCACUUCAGAACUCAGAAUUGCCUGAAAUCACUACUGAUUCAACUGUUGGUGGAGAACAUUCUGCUACUUUGUCUUCUAAUGAAACACAAGCAGCACUUGCUUCCACCAAUUUUCCCCAAAAUGGCACAGUUGAAGUGUUUGGUGAUAAAGAACCAAACUUGCCUGGCAAUGUAUUGGAACACACUGUUAAGCUUGAACUAGCUACAAAUGACAAGAACCAACAGGAAGCUACAGAAAAUGGCAAUAAAGGGAAUAAUGUAAAUACCAAUGCUGGAGAGUCCUUAACUUCCCACGAUCCAUCAUUAGCUUCAUCUCAUGAUACAAAUGAUCGUGAUGCCAUAGAAGCUGCAAAAGAUAUUUUGGUAGGCAAAGAGAGCCAGGGUGAGAAACAGGAAAACAGUGAAUCUGGCUUAGAUAAAAGUUCGGAGGCUCACUCUUCUGAGGGUACAGAUGAAAUUCAGCAUGACCCAAUCGAUGCUUCUGAUACUACUACCCUUAUACAGGAGGAGAGAGAAUCUAGGAAAGAUUUGGGCAUGCUGCCUGAAAUCAGAAAUGAGAUUCAGAACAAUGAAGAUGCUGCGACUGAAUGAAUGUUCAGAUAAGUUUGCGAGUAAUCUUUUCCAGCUCCCAUUAAAAAUCUGUAAGUUUAGGUUAGUAUUAUCUUUUCUCCCCUCCAUUAAAAUGUUAGGUUGUGGUACUGGUUGUAUUAAGUAUUGUUUGAUCAUGUAGAAACAAUGGUCUCAACUUUGCAGUAAAUGUAGGUAAGUUUGAAAUAUUGUUCAA